CAAGCCUAUGUGUCCUCCGGCCACCAGAUGGCGCCCCCAAGUCCCAACACUAAUGGUAGCAGCAACAGCAGUGGUGGAGGAGGGGAACAGCUGAGUAAAACAAAUCUGUACAUCCGCGGUCUCCAUCCGGGAACCACGGAUCAAGACCUGGUGAAGCUCUGCCAGCCGUACGGCAAAAUCGUGUCCACCAAAGCCAUCUUGGACAAAACCACCAACAAAUGCAAAGGGUAUGGCUUUGUGGACUUCGACAGUCCAGCAGCUGCACAGAAAGCUGUCACGGCUCUGAAAUCCAGCGGGGUCCAGGCUCAGAUGGCUAAACAACAGGAGCAGGACCCCACCAACCUCUACAUCUCCAACCUGCCUGUGUCGAUGGACGAGCAGGAGCUGGAGAACAUGCUCAAGUCCUUCGGCCAGGUCAUUUCCACACGCGUCCUCCGGGACGCCAACGGGACCAGCCGGGGCGUSGGGUUUGCCAGAAUGGAGUCCACGGAGAAGUGCGAGGCCAUCAUUCAGCAUUUCAACGGCAAGUUCAUCAAGAUCCCACCAGGCGUGCUCGCGCCCACAGAGCCCUUAUUAUGCAAGUUUGCAGACGGGGGUCAGAAGAAGAGGCAGAGCCAGGGGAAGUAUCUCCAAAACGGAAGGCCCUGGGCUCGAGAUGGAGAUGCGGGAGGAAUGACGCUCACAUAUGACCCAACAGCUUUACAAAAUGGCUUCUACUCAUCACAUUACAGUCUGGCUCCAAACCGAAUGAUCGCUCAGACUUCCCUGCCCUACAUGCAUUCUCCUGUCUCGUCGUACCAGGUACACAGCCCGUCCUGGAUGCACCAUCAGUCAUACCUCAUGCAGCCAGCUACUCGACCGUUUCAUGGAGUGACGAGACGUUCAGCUGAGGAGUUUGGAUCCACUUUUGGUACAGUUCUAACCCCAACAAUGGAUCACGCCAUGUCCAUCCAGCCCACGUCCAUGAUGGGACCUCUCACCCAGCAGUUAAGCCACCUAUCGUUGGGCAGCUCAGGCACAUAUAUUCCGGCCAACGCGACUAUGCAGGGGACCUACAUCCCCCAGUACACCCCAGUGCCUCCCUCCAAUGUUCCAGUCGAGGAAAAUGGCGGUCAGCAGCAGGAUGCCAUGGAUACUCCUGCAGAACACACAAACUACUCAUACCAACACACCAAGUGAAGCUAAGCUCCUACCAGUUUGGAGCCAAGGACACGAAAUGAAUUCAACCAAAAGAGGAUUAAGCUGGAAAGAGAUCUGUAACGGAACCAACCGCCUGGACUCAAACACGGAUAACAAAAGGAACGUGUGUGUGUGUGUGUGUGUGUGUGUGUGUGUGUGUGUGUGUGUGUGUGUGUGUGUGUG